AUGGAACCUUUUCCGAACCACUUCAUGGAGUUCCACCCUAUCCAUGGAACCAAUGUGCAACUGGACCACUCGGCCACCCAGGCCACAAGGGUGGAGAGCUUUGCCAAUGGAGUGUGCUUCAGCAAACACCCCCUCAAGCCAGGGGAGAUAUUCCUCAUAGAGAUCGAGGACAAGGAGCUAGGCUGGUGUGGACACCUCCGAAUCGGCCUGACCGCCAAGGACCCCAGGACCUUGGAGGUGGUUCCUGAAUACUCUAUACCGGAAUUGACAGACAUGGGUGACAGCUGGGUUUUCGCCAUCACUCGCAACCACAAUAAAAUCGUGGAGGAGGACGAUGUGGGAGAAGGUGGGCAGGAGCCUGGGGGUCACAGACUGGGGCAAGGAGAGGCUGAAAAUGAAGGUGACACAAAUACCAAACCAAAGACUUUUUUCACUGACUCUCAUUUGUACAUUGAGAAUGUCCGGAUCCCUAGAGACAAGCUGGUUGGUCGCAGCCGACCUGGACGCUAUAGCCACAUUCUGGACGACUUGUACAAAACCAAUGCACUUCCGCCAACAGCCAGACGUAGCCGGAUAGGAGUUCUGUAUGUAUCUAAAGGCCCACAUCUAGCUGACAUGCAUAUUGUCAUCAACGGGGAGGACAUGGGGCCUUCUGCAAGAGGCAUCCCCACCAUAGAGCCUAUUUAUGCUGUCGUGGACGUUUUUGCUGCCACUAAGUGUGUCAGGAUUGUGCAGGUGGAGUAUGGAUUCUCUUCCUUGCAGACACUGUGCAGGAAGGCCAUCCAGAAACACAUCGUGCAUAGAAUGGCCAUUGACUGGUUGGAGCUGCCAGAGGCAUUGAAACACUACUGCAAAUAUGAGUGACACUAAGGUUGUUUAAAUAUUGCCACCAUGUACGAUGAUGAAUGACUGCUGGGUGUUUAAUCAGGAUGCUCAACCCCAUCCAGUGUGUUCAUUAAGGGACCACAUAUGCAUUACACUGUGGACAAAAGUAUCGGGCACUAAACCAGUACACCUACAAGAAGUGAGAGUUCCUCCAAUUCUACUCGGUAGACUUUCCACAAGAUUUUGGAUUGUGUCCAUGUGUAGACAUUUGUGUCCAUCCUGAAGAAAAGUUGUGAGGUCAGAUGUCACUGCGGAAGCUGAUCCAAUUCAUCCAACCAUGCCUUUAUACCUUGGAAAAGGGCCUUCUCCCAUAAU